CUGGAUGUCGCUUAAUCUCCGGUUCAGAUCGUGACAUAUACAUAAUUAAUUCUCCUGUUUGCUACUUAUUCUCCUUGGACAUAGCUGUCUGCAUACAUACAUACCUAUAUACUUACGAGUAUAUCCGUCGCAUCCAUCUACAACACCCCACAGAAUUCUAACCAUCCAACUCCACCAAGAACAAAACCAACAAAAAGAAGAAGAAGAACAACAACAGCAACAAUGCCCCCCAAACGAACCCUAAAAUACCACCUCUUCCUCAAACCCGUUGCCCUCGUCCUGCGCGCCCUCGCCUACACCCUCGCCCCACGCAUCACCCCAACGCCAACAACGACCCUGCACAUCCCGUCCCGCGACCCCCAAAGAACCAUCCCCGUCCACAUCUACCGCCCCCGCAACCCCGCCAAGGGCCCCCACCCGGUGCUCCUCAACUUCUGCGGCGGCGGCUUCAUCAUCCAAGGCCACGGCCUCGACCACACCUACUGCAGCCACAUCGCCGCCCACACCGCCUACACCGUCUUCGACGUGCAGUACCGCAUGGCCCCGGAGCAUCCCUUCCCCGCCGCCCUCGAAGACGCAGAAGAUGUCCUGGGCUAUGUGCGCGCGCGGCCGGAGACGUAUGAUGCGAGUCGCGUGGCCCUGAGCGGGUUCUCGGCGGGGGGCAAUCUGGCGACGAGUCUGGCGGCGAACCACGAGGGCCCGUUUAAGGUGCUCGUGGCGUUUUAUCCGUUGGUGGAUGCUGUCAGGCCGUUGGGGGAGAGAAAGGCGCCGGAGCGUGGGGGGUGGACUUUGCCCGGCUGGUUUGUGAGGUUUUGUACGGUGGCGUAUUUGAGUGGGGGGUUUGAAGGGCAGGGUGGGGAUGUGAGGAUUUCGCCGUUGCGGAGGGCGGUUGCGGAUGGGUGGCGGGUCGAGAGGGUUUUGUUGGUUGCUGCUGCGAGGGAUUUGUUCGCCCCGGAGGUGGAGGAGUUGGGGGCUCUGCUUGCGAAGGGCGGCAAUGGCGGGUUUUUGAAGAAGGUCGUUGUUGAGCGGGUCGACGGGGUGGGUCAUGCUUGGGAUAAGGUUGCGAAGGAGGGCACGGUGGGGUGGGAGAAGAUGAUGCGGGUUUAUGGGAUGGUGGUGGAUUUGUUGGAUUAGACGUUUCUUCUUCUUUAUUGCUCUCUUUCUUUCUGCUAUGAAGGAGUUGUGGAUGUGUGGCCUUGGUAUUGUUUCAUUUGUGGUGUUUGUUGGUCGAAUUACAUAUACCCCCGUUUGUUAGACCAAGGGCCAGUAUUUUUGGAUGAUCGUUUUCUUGUUCACCUUGCCCAUUGCGUUGCGCUCGAUGUUCUCGACGAUCUUGAGCACCGUGGGGAUCUUGUAGGGCGCCAUUUCUUGCUUGAGUUGCGUGCGAAGCUUCUGGAGUUCGAGGGGCUCGGUCUGGUGGGUUAGUGAGCAUUUGGAACC